UAUAGAGGUAGGAAUUCCGAUAUAAUCAUUAGUUGGGACUACUCAAAGAAGGUGAGUUAUAAUUUUGUUUGCUUGUGUGAAUUUUCAGCAAAAAAAAAAAAAAAAAGGAACGUAAUUGUGGAAUGACGUAAUAUAUAUUGUACAAUCCUCAUCUACCUUGUACAAGCAUAGUUGUAAGUUUAAGACUUGAGAUAGAAAUCCUUAUCAUGGGUAUUUAAACCUUUUGUUUUCUUGUUAUAAUAUAUUUCUGUUGUUAUCAGGUUGUUCUAUACACCAUAAUGGAUUGGUUGAAAGGUAAUUCGGUGCAAGAUCAUAAGCCGCAGCAGCUAAAGCGUAAAGCUAGGGCAUUACAUGCAAGAGCAGCAGAUGUAAACAAUGAAAUAGAACAAGAGGAGCUUCAACCAGGAAAGCGACGAAAGAGGGAGGUUGAUAACUGGUUGAAAGAGGUGGUGGAUCAACUACAACGUCUUGAGCUACGAGGCAAAAAUUUGAGUGCAUCAAAAUGGGGUGGUAACAGUACAAAUCAGACUGCUUGGUUGACUGAACAUAUAGGAGAGCUGACUAAGCAGGGAAGUUUUCCUCAAGGAUUUACAUUCUAUGAUCAUGGAAGUUCUAGUGUCGCACUAGUAACAACCGACAUUAAGAUAAAUGAUAACACAUUACAUGAUAAUAAGAGGAAAGUCAUGUCAUGGCUGAUGGAGGAUAAUGAUAAUGCGGAAGUCAUAUCCAUAAUAGGCAUUUAUGGUUCAGGUGGUGUUGGGAAAACUAUGCUGCUUAAAGAAACUCACAACGAGCUACUUGAGCUGUUUGAAUGUUCUAGGCGCAUAUACUGGGUAUCAGUGUCACAUGGCAUCACAUUGCCGAUGUUGCAGGACAAAAUUGCUGAAGCAAUGGAUUUGAACUAUCUUAUAACAGAGAAGAAUGCAAUCAGGAAGGCAGCAUCUUUAUCUUACGAGUUGAAGCAGAGAAAGAAUGUUUUCCUUUUCUUGGAUGACGUAUGGGAAUAUUUCCCAUUAGAGGAAGUUGGUAUUCCUGUAGGAGAGGAGAAUGGUUGCAAGUUGAUCCUGACAAGUUGA